UCGAGCUCGACUUUUUCCCGCUGACCGAGAGCACGAGCUGGAGCUGGAACUGAAGCCCAGAAAAGAAGAGGAAGAACCCAGAACCAGAAGCGGGAACAGGAGCAGGAGGAGAAAGUAAAGAAAGUAGGAGCAGGGGAGUGGAGAAAGAGAGAGAAAGAGAGUGAGAGCGUAGAGCGUAGAGGACCCAGCAGCCAGUUCGCCGAGCAGUGAAAUUCGAGGCGGGGCGUGAAGGAAGUGGGUGUACGAGUGCGAGUACGACUGCGACUACGACUACGACUACCAUAAAGUGGAAAUCCGAAACGCCUUGAGGAGAGGCAGCGACGUUGGCCGAGGCAGCGACUGCGACGCCGGCAGCGGCAGAGGGACACGCGUCAGGCGGCCAAGCAAAAGGCAGACAAACAGGCAAAUCCUGCUGAGACGACACGACGAGUCCUUGCUCGUCGGUUCAAACGUGCGGAACACUCUUGGAGGCAGCCGAAAAAAAGAAAAUACCACUAGAAGCAAAGCUAGUCCACAAAACACCACUCACACUCAACCCAAAACAAGGGAAAGUUUUCACCACAAAAUAAUAAUAAUACAAAAGAAAGCUAAACAAAGCAUUAUUAUUCCCAAGAAACCCAAAAAACAAUAUUUUCGAAAAAUAUCCCAAGAUAUAUUCAUCCAUUCAAGUGCAGUGACUCGUGUGCAAAAGUUAUCCAACCACAAAACCCCCCAAAAAAAAACUAAGUGCCGCAAGCUGAGAGAGCUAAACACGAAAAAAGUGCUAAAAGUUCCUUAAAAAAUAUUAAUAACAAAAAACAAAAUAUUUGUUCAACUGCUUAUAAAAAAUAUACAAAUUAUACAACAAAAAUAUUCUUUGCAUUUUAACAAAACGUAUAAGAGAGCAGCUCAAAAAAACGAAAGAGGAAAACCAAAGUGCCGUGGAAAAACUAACUAAUAAGCUUACUAAAAAAUAUAUAAACGAACGACUGGCCAGUGUGGAAAAGCUUUAUAAAAGGCCUACAAAAGUUAAAUCAAAACCCCAAAGAACUGGAACUGCUUACCGAAAAGCCGACGGAAGACAGCAACUAGUUGUUGUCAGAGGCCAACAACCAGGUUCAAACGGCCAUAUACCUAUACCCAUAUAGGAACCCAUACCUAUACCGACUCUCCGACUUCACCUACCCAAGCGGAACCCAAACUCCCUGGCCAGAGUAGACAAUUGAUUAUUGAUUUUGUCUAAGGCUGCAGAACUUCACAGCUUAACGCAAAACAAACUUGGCAGCAGGGCAACAAAGGGCGACGAAAGACGGGGGCAAAAAAAAAAUACCAGUGACAAGAAAGGGCCGUUGAAAGGCAGCCUGAAAAACCGGAAAAAGUGGGUAGUACCUCGGAAAACUGCUCCGGUAUCGGCCAGUGUUGUGCAAUGCCAGGCUUAGGCCGGCACAGUGUUGGUCAGCGGUGUGGGGCCUAAAGGCCCAGGCCGAAAAGCAUCGAAAUCCCAUAUAGAGAAACAAUCUUAAAGUCGGGACUUUCCCCCACCACCACCACCACCACCAGCCCCUAAGACACCACCUGCCACCAGACUAUCACCACCCACCCCCCGAAUAGAUUUCUUUCCUCCCCCCCCGGGUAUACCCAUCCAGAACCGCCAAGAUAAGCCGUCUAAUCGAGAAGCUGCGCCAGACCAACAAACGGAAAAUGUUCUGCUCGCUGGCCCAGACGCUCUUCUGCGUCCUGCUCAUCCAGGGCGGCCUCUAUGCCCUCCACCUGAGCGGAAACGGAAAUGGCAAUGGCAACGAGAAGUCCCUGGGUGAGGCCAAGGCGGGCCAGGUGCCCAGCCAACCGCUGGGACCCUCGACGGGAGUGUCCGCCGCCUGGCAGACGGCUCCCUCGCAACAGCAGCAGCACCAGCAGCAUCCCGGAGGAUCUCCGCCGGGCGGUGGAUCCCUUUCCGCAUCCUCGUCCCAUGGCCACCGGUCUGCGGCGGCGGCCGCCUUCGAUGCCACCACCGUGCGGCUGAACAAGGAGAUAGCGGACAUGGCCCAGCUGGAGCGGGAGCGACUGAUGCUCCUGGCCCGCGCCAAGCAGACGGCGGAGCAACAAGCACCGCCGGCGGGCAGCCAUCAUCGUGGCCAUCCCUUCAUCGCCGGCCGGAUACAGAUGCAGCCCAGCGAGGAGCUGGACGUGGGCGACUAUCCCGCCCUGCUGCAGCAGGCCGCCAGGGGCUACAUCUUCGGCAAUGUCCAGAAGCAGCCGCCCACUCCGAUCAGCCUGGAGCAGGAUUACGAACAGCUGCGGGAUGUGGACAACAGGCCCGUAAAGUACUACGGCCGAGUGGUGCAGCCGGCGGAGAGGGAAGAGCCGGCGGAGUACGAACCACUGCACUCCUUCGGCGACUUCGAUGACUUCUCGGAGCUGGAGCCGGAACAGGCGGAGCCGCACUUGGGUGAAGAUGAGCUGCUGCGGGAACUGGAUGCCUAUCAGUAUCACGGCCUGGAGGACGAGCCACUCCCAGAGAAUCCCUACCGCACUCUGGAGCAGCUGGAGCUGGCCGCACCCGACUCCCUGCAACAGCUCUUCGAGCAGGAGCAGGAGCAGCGAGAUGCCCCCUACAAGGGGACGCACUCCGCCGGCAAGGUCCACAACCCGGGUAACUACAACAUAAGGGUGCAGCAGAAGUGGGCCAGGAAGCGAAAUGGUCAGGGAGUAGCGCAUAAUCCGGAGGCGGAGAAGCAGCUGCAGCGCCAGAUCUUUGCCCAGCACUUCAAGCCGCAAAGGAGUGGCAAACUAUCGCUUUCGGCCAACUCAGAGGCCACGGCCAGCAAGCACCUGAAGCCAUCCAGUCGCUCCGGCUCCAAGGAUACCGAGAAGCCCCAUAAUGAGCCACUAGGAGGCAGUGCCUCCGGCUCCACCUCCAAUGGCAAACAGGCGAACGGCGAUGGAAAUCCUAAGCAGCAGGCGGAGCAGCAGCAGCAGCAGUCUCAGCUGGACAAAAAGGAUCCCAGCCACAAGCGAUCCGGGUCGGGAUCAGCGGGAUCCGUGGGAUCGCCAGGAGGCGGCUACUCCGCGCAGCCACCCAUCUCCCACAGCAUAGCCAGCCAGCUGAUGCUGCGCACCGCCCGCGGUCAACGGCAGUACGAUGUGCCACAAAUCGAAUGUCCCACCGCCAUGGAUGGCAUGGAGCGUUUUGCCUGCCCAAUUCCCGACCGGCAGGGCAGGUAUCGCUGCAUAGACGAUCAUGUGCUGUGCGAUGGCUUCAUCGACUGUCCCGAUGGCGAGGACGAGGACCGGAGAUCCUGCAUGUUCUACAAGACGACGAAGGCUCACUUGGACGUGUUAGCGGAUGCGUUACUACGCUGGGCGCGAGGGCGUUAAGCCCCAACCAUCUAAAGAGUCACUCUAUAAGACAGCAAACACACACCCUACCACACACACAAGAUACACCUAGAACACCUAGAGCUCCUAGAACUUCAAACAUGAAUGUCAAAAAAAUUAGUUAUAACUUGUCCCCAGUCAAGCGAAACCCCCCAUUAAGUUUAAACAUUUCUCGAUAAAAACACAAACACACAGACAAGCCAACCACCCGCCUGUCCUUUGACAUGAGAUAAGAUUCCCCAAAAAAACUCCUAAAAAAACCCCUAACCAAUACCCAAAAAUAAGAACAAAAACCCAGCCUGCAAUGAGCUGAAUGGAUUGCCAAGUAAGAGAACCGAAAGCUAUGAUUAAAAACAAAAUGAGGCAGCAAUUAUGCUUAAACAAAAGGUAUGAUUAUUAUUACACUAUUAUUAUUAAAAAAAAUUAACUUAAUGAAAGCCCAAGAACAAAAAGCAGUUAUACAUACUAAAGCUAAAUUAUAAUUCAACAAAACCAAAAAAGAAAAAAAACCAUCCAAAAUAAGACAAAAUCGAAGACGUUUUUUUUCGUUUCUAAUUUGUUUCGCAGGAACAGAGCUAAAUAAUGAGGAAAAACAAAAUUGGGCCUAACUAUUUUUAGUAUAUAUUAAAUAAAUAUAUUAUAAAUAUAUCUUACUAUAUGAAAUAUAUAUUUCGUGUACAUUAUUUAAUUAUAAGUGUAUUAAAGUUUAAAUGUUAAAUAAACCAAAAGAAAUGAAAUCAAAACGAAGCAAGCGGAAGAAAGCGAUAAAAACAUGAUGAGGCAAGCGAGCAGAGGAUGAAUGAAAUUAUAUAUACAUAUACACAGAAAAAACAGACAUUAAAUAUAUAUUAAUAGUAUACAUAUACCAAUAACAAACAAAUAUACAAUUGAAGGAAAAUAUUGCAUUAGGUUUUAUUGCUGAUAACUGAACAAGCUAACGAGUGCAAUAUAAUAUACUUAUAUACAAUGCAAUAACAGCCAGAUUAGCGACAAAAAAACAAACAUUUACAACUUAGAAGAUGAAGCAAAACAUUUACAUAAAGAAAAAGACUUGACUUCAUUGAAACCCCCAGUUUUGUUCGAUAGUUGAGGCCUCAAAACCCCAAAAAACCUAUUUAUUUUGGUUUACAGUUCUCUCAUUGUUAAAACUACGUUUGCCAUUACAGAUGAUUUGCUCGGUUUUUUAUUUUUUUCAUGUGUGUAAAUAAUACUUUCGAUUAUCAGCCUUAUUUGCCUGUAAAGAUCUGUCCCAACUUUACCAAAGAUUUUUAUUUCGUUCAUGGGUGACAACAGUUCUCACGGAAACGGCAGCUAUCUGUAGUUAAGUAAAUUUAUUUACAUAAUUAAAGUAUAUUUAAAUAACAAUGGACUUAUAAAUAUACAUAAAACGAUAAGCUUAUAAGCGAAACAAAAAGCUUGUACAAAUGCUAACUAACACUAUUCCAUUCUCGACCUUUUUAACCAAGUCACGAAUGUUUUUAUUCCCACUCAUUUCGUAGGUUUUUUGUAUCAUUCGCGCAAUAUUCUUUCAAUUGGAAACGCUGAAAAUUCAACCUUACGCCAAUAAUGUUCUGAUCAAUGAUAAUUGUUCGCUAUUAUUAUGCCUGUAAAGGGGCCGAGUUCCCAAACACAAUCAAUCAAUUAAGAAAUACAAUCAAGCAAAUUUUUAAGCCGAAAUUUACGAAUUAAAAUUUUUAAACGGUUGUGUAUGCCAACAAAUAACAAUGGAAGGAUAAACGCGAAAAACUAAGUGGCGAAUUAACAAUAAUAAUGUGUACCCUCGAAAGCGAUUUUCACAUAUAUUGUAUUUCCUGCGUUUCCCCCUGAAUUUCCCAUUUUAUUUUCCCUUUUUCCAUUCAACCGUUGACUUUACGCACUUUAGUCAAUCGUUUAUUGCUGUUAAUUUUUUAAUCGGCCCAAAGUAUGCAUGUUAUUUAAUGGAUUUGUGUAAAAAAAACCUAUAUAUGUUUAGUUACUUAAAACGGAAUAACAUAUGAAAUUGCGAGCAAUAAAAUUUCAUAUCUUAUACACAGUACGUAUAUAAAAUCGCAAACAAAUUAUAUAAAAAUCUAAUUGAGAAUACGUUUACGAAUAAGUUUUUAUUUCACAUCGAUCCCCAACCUCCUGCCCUCCUAUAUCAACGAUCUUCGUUAUUAACCGAAAAGUAUAAAUAGGAGACAGCCUUGGUGUUUUCUUUUAAUUGAUUGAUAAUGAUUCAGUAAAAACAUUUACAUAAAUAACUGCAAAAUAACCCACCUUUAAAUAUAAAUGAAAGUGAAGUAAUAAUAACAACUUCUAUACCAUACGAAAAUACUAAACGCAAGACAACGUGUGUAUAACUCUAAGUAAAUGAUAACUACCAUAACGAAUACGAAUACGAAUACGACUACGAAUACGAAUACGAAUAAUGUAUGUAUAUGCAAUUAAUUGUAAUCCUUGAAAUUAUGCACAAAUCGAGAAUCCAAACAAGAAGAACAACAAACAAAUGCGCACUAAACUACAACAAACAAACAACCGGUGGACAAAACCCGAACAAACAAAUCAAAGACAAAGACAAACAAAAGUUUUAAUCACAUUUUUUGAACGUACGACAAUUGAGGUAAAGGUAUAGAAAACAACACACACAAACAGACAUACAGAUACAUAUAUUUUUGGCCUAUUUUUCUAUAAUCCUAACAAAAACAAGAACGAAAUUUUAAAAGCAAAACGACAACUUCUAUAAGGACAAACCAAAAUGAAAAGACAUAAGUUCGACUGUAAAUAACAAAAGCGAAAAAGGAAUACCCCCAAUGACUUUAUAUUAUGAUUAAACGAAGUACUAACGAAGAUCGUUUAAACUAUUUUACUAUACUUUUCUAUAUACUUUCGUAUUAUUUGUUUAUCUUUCAGCCUAUUUAAAGUAUUUAAUUUUCCUAUAAGGCCUUUGCGUUUUGUGCGCCCUCACAGCAAACAGUAUUGUGUAUAAAAAGAAUUUGUAAAUAAACAUAUUACGUCUAAAUUAGCGAAAAACUUUUUAUUUCCUAUUUUUAAAUGUUUUAUAAUUGUAGAGUAUUUAGUUUAAAGAUUAUUUUUUGAAUACCACGAAAGAAAAUGGAGGCAACUUAGAGAGGAAAAAUCCAAAAAGAGCAAAUACAGAAAAUAAAGCUGAAUAAAAAACAAUUGUUGAAUGUUAAAAAAUACAUACACAUAUACACAAACAACCAUAGGUACAUACACACACACACAUACAAAUAUAAACAUAUAUAUAAGAAUAUAUAGUCGGCCCUUAAACUUGUAUUUAUUUGUAUUUGUAUAUUUGCAGACGAGAAAGAAAAAACUCAGAUAAAAAAAGAAACAUCAAAGAGAAAGAUGGAGAAUAUAAUUAACUAUGAGUAGCAAAUGGCAUUGACAAACAGCGAAUGCCAUUCGCACAAGUUAUCGAAAGAAAAAAUGGUCUAUGAAUUUUGUUGAUUUCGUCUUACCCAACUCUAAUUAAUUAGUAUUUUUGCUGUAAAUAAUUUUCGCCUUUCUUCCUUUUCAACUCGCUGUAUCCCCGUCUCUAUCUUUCUCACACUAAUUUCCAUUGUGUAGGAGGUAUAGUUUUAGCAUAAUUCCCCCCUUUUUAUUUAACAACAGUUUUCUUAACUACUUAUAAUAAUUAAUUAUACAUUAUACGAAUAUAUGAUAAUGCAGAAAAAAAAACAAGAAAAUACACAAAAAAACAAAGAAAAAAUGAAUGAAAACAAAUACACAACUUAAUAUACACUGAAAACGAAACCCAAACAUGCAUUUCUGAUUUUCACUUUGUUACUCUCACAAGAUUUUCAGAAUACUUCACCACUAUAUAAUAUAAACAUAUUAUUUUCUCUCCACAAAAACAACAACUACACCAGACAACACUAACAACAACAACAGCAACAAGUAAGUUAAACACAAAAGCAGGCAAUCAAAUACCAUAUUAUACCAUAUUAUAACUUUCUCUUGGUUCUAGAACAUAAUGCACAUAUUUACCUUUUUGAGUUCGUAGUUCAGCUCUUUCUGAGAAGAAGUAAUAACAUUUUGCGAAAUGCUUUUGUUUUCCUGGCGAAGAACACCUGAAACCGCAAAGUUUGAGAUUAUCCCUGGCAGCCUUGGAUCCUUGAAUCCUGGCUGAAUUCCUUUUGGUAAGUCACAAGGGGAGUCCUUAGGUGCUUUAGUCCUUUAGCCACAUAGAGCUCUUCACUUGGCGGUCAAACAAACUUUUCAACAAGGUCUGGGAAGUAGUUUUAUAUAUUUUAACAAUUCCACAAGUGGAAUGCACAAAGAUAAGUCACAGCACAAAACUCAACUUUAAUGAAAGUAAAUGUAUGUUUGCAGAAAAACCAGGCUAGGGAUUUGGCCACGUGCAUAUUUUCGGUAUAGAGAUUUUGAAAUUGAAUUUGACACAGCUGAUAGGCAGUCAUCGAAUGAGAAAAGAAAAAAAUAUAUUUAAAUUAAUAAUAUCCACGUCUAAAAUAUAAAUGUUUAUUAAACUAAGUGUAGACCCACAAGAGGAAAUUACGUAAUGUAUCUGCUUUUGCUGAGCACAAAAGUGUUAGCCAUCGCCAAAAAAAAAGUACUAUUCAACCAGUAAACUAUAUGUAUUUGAUGUAGAUCCAUGUUUAGUACGACCUAAGAUUCCACCAGAAAGAAUGUUGAAAAGUUUGAAUACAUUAUAAACAGUAGCCAAAGGCAAUUUAUCGAAGCAUUGGAGGCUGCAUUCAACGCCGAAUCAACGAGCAUUUUCAAGCCAGGCUAACAGACUUGGACCUAAAGUGGCCUUCAAUGGGCAUCAGGUGUUGUAGCCAUUGAUUGGGGCCAGCUUUUUAUGACCAUGCCACAAAAAGCCGCACUCAAUGCUAAAACAACCAGAGCCACUGAUGCAAUUCAAUGCCACUUUUAUUCCACUCACAGGUAAACAUUUAUCGCCGAACACUAAAAGCCAAAAAAAAAAGAAGAACAAUUUAUAGAGCUGUCUAUUAAAAAGAUAUCCAAGUCAAACGCAAAAAACAUUUUCACUGUGUUGCUAGGUUUUGUAUGCAAAUUGCAGAAAAUAAAUUGUUGAUAAAGGCAUUUUGACUAGAACAAGGUAGUUUGGAAAAGAGUGAAGAGCUUUACGUCUUUUAGCAAAAUUUAAGAAAUUUAAAAUAGUAUGGUGGUUACAGGAAAUACUUUUACUGAGCUUUAGUCAGCAACAUCUCUUAUUUAAACUAGGUUUCUUUUUUUAUUGAACACAAAUCGAUCUCUUUAUUUACUAUUUUUCAAAUACUUUACCUAUUUUGGCAACUAAUUCGUUUUUAAUUACCUUCAGCCAAGCGUAUACCUUAAUUUCCACCCAAAAUUGAACCCAUUAAAUAUUCAUGCCAUUCAUUAAAAUUAUAUAACAACUUACACAAGCUCACACACACACACACACUCGCCACCUCUAAUAAAUUAUGUUCAAUCGAAACAAUUAGCGAGACAAAUUAUGACAAACAAUUAGCAUUAACGAGUUUGCACUGUUGCACAUUUUAUGUGAUAAAUAAUUAUACCAAAUCAAAAAACGCGUAAAAACCAAAAUGAUAUGUAUUUAAAUGCACCACAAUUGCACUUACCUAAAAAUUGAUUAUGAGAACAUACAAAAAAAAAAACACCUGAAUUCGUAUUAGAGCCUGAUUAACUAGUGAUUCUAUAUUUUAUGUGCAUCGUUGUUGUAGUAAUUUGCACGAAUCAGCACAUAGAGAAUACAAUCCGUACAAUGAGGAAAACCAGGCCGAAACCAAUCGAAUCGAGUUGGUUGGCCAAGCAGAUCAGUCUUCCACGGCACCAAGAUCCCGAAUUUCAGACAUCAGUACACCCUCGUUUAGCUUUGGACGCACAGGGCGAAGUCCCGAUCCGAUCAUAAUCAGGAAUGGCCAGUUUUAAUGGAAUCAAAUGAAUAUUUUCGAGCUAUAAACAUAAGUAGUCACAAGUACCUUAAUGCAAAUCGAAAUGAAUGCGAGGGCCGCGGGGAGUAUGGGACUUCCGGUGGCCACGCCCACUCCACGCCCACAAGGACAUGCAUUCCCUAAAAAAAAACAUGCACACAAUCAAGGCUUAAAAGCAAUCCGUCCUCAAUUGACACUUUUGAGCGGAAUCUCCACAAAACACUCAAGCAGGCCGAGGAGUUCGACUCUAAAGUUUUUAUUAGGUCUAAACUAUUUGCACCCCGCCCCCCCACGACCACGCCCCCAUUUCCACACAUGCACCCGAACACCCACACACCCGCACAUCCGCACACCCCCCCACACCCACACACCCACAACACACACACACCCACACCUACAAGCAAAUGCACUUAAAUUGUAAAUGUUGUGAUUAUAUAGCACCGCCUCAAAGUAUGCACCAAAUUUUUGAAAAAUGUAUUUUUGCACUAUUUUUAAAUGCACAACGGAAACGCCCAGUUUAAAGUUUAAACUAAAAAUAAAACGUAUUUUAACUAAAUUAGUUCUUAAAUGUUAAACAAAAUAUAUAUAUAUACAUACCUAACCGCCUGGAGAGGGUUUUUCCUUUAAAGUUCUUAUGUUAACUUAAACCAAAAGUCAAGAAAAGUCUGCGAAACAUUUUAUUCAAUCGAUAUGCAAUGUAAAUACAGAACAAGGAGGAUGGCUAAAAACGAAGUCUAAGUAAUUUAGAAAUUGUCACUAUGUAAAUAGACCAAACCAAAAGGAAAACCGGACGAACAUUACAGAACAGAACAAAGAGGGCCAGAUGAGGCGACAAAGUUAGGAGAGAUGUUUUUAACUUUAAUUAGAAAGUGUUUUAUGUAUUAUGUACGUACGAGUAUAUGGUAGCCCACGCAGGAAGUCCUACUAAUAAUUUCUAAGCCAUUUAACUUGUAAAUUAUUAUGGUUAUAAAUGUGUAAUGUAAAUGAAAACGAGGCGGAUGCCGGGGGAUUCCCCCAACGUAGCGACCCCGGCAAGAACUACCAGAUAUAUAGAUGUGUACAUGUGUAUGGUUAUAAAUUCAACCCACUUCAGUUUUGCCUACGAGUCAAAGUGCAUAUAGGUGCACUGCAGUUAUAUAUAUUUCCAACUGGUGAACCAAAAACUGGAUUCGAGUUCAAGCGACAAAAACCGAUUAAAACAAAUAGAAACCCAAAAAAAAAA